CAUUAUUAUUAAAUACACAUAUAUAUAUAUAGACUGUUUCUGGUGUCCAUUCUACAAUGACACAUGUUUUAAAUAAAUUAAAAUGCAAGUUUUGGGCGUAAAAAAAGUAAAAAAUAUUCGUACCUAGUAAUAUUUGUUUAUAUUCUACCUAGUAUCUUUUUUUUUUCAGUUUAGUUUUUGUCCUAACAGACAGAUGUGUAAUAUGAAUAAUAAUAAUAUAACAGUAACAACUGUAUUUUUCAUUUAACUGGUUUUUUUGGAAUCGAACAUGAUUUCAAUGCCUGUUUGUGAUCUCGGUAUUUAAUUCUUUGUUUUGUGUGUGUUGAAAACAAUCUAUUAAAUAACUGUAACAAUAACUGGAAAAGGAGUCGUUCUUAACUGAAACUGUAAUAAUAGUUAUUGUUAUCGUAGUGCUUUCAUAAAGAAUCUAGUUAUUACUUUUCCAAGGAACGGACAUGAUGAUGAAAAAAGUUCUGUUUGUUUGAGACAUCGUGAGAAACAUUUCGAAAUGCACCUUUGUGGUUCCGUUCGUUCCUUUGUUACAAAUGCUGAAAAAUGAGAUUUUAUGAAAAAGUUCUUGAAUUGUUUAAUCAUUUCAGUAAGAUUAUGGCCGCCACUUUAAUAAUGAUGUUAUAAAUGAAAAUGUCAAGUGUAACAAAGUCUAAUACUACUAUGGGUCAGGAUAAAGCAAGUGUAACAAAUUCUAAUACUACUAUGGGUCAGGAUGAAGCAAGUGUAACAAAUUCUAAUACUACUGUGGGUCAGGAUAAAGCAAGUGUAACAAAGUGUAUUACUACUAUGGGUCAGGAUGAAGCAAGUGUAACAAAGUGUAUUACUACUAUGGGUCAGGAUGAAGCAAGUGUAACAAAUUCUAAUACUACUAUGGGUCAGGAUAAAGCAAGUGUAACAAUGUGUAUUACUACAAUGGGUCAGGAUAAAGCAAGUGUAACAAUGUGUAUUACUACAAUGGGUCUGGAUAAAGCAAGUGUAACAAUGUGUAUUACUACAAUGGAUCAGGAUAAAGCAAGUGUAACAAACUGUAAUACUACAAUGGGUCAGGAUAAAGCAAGUGUAACAAUGUGUAUUACUACUAUGGGUCAGGAUAAAGCAAGUGUAACAAAGUGUAUUACUACAAUGGGUCAGGAUAAAGCAAGUGUAACAAUGUGUAUUACUACUAUGGGUCAGGAUAAAGCAAGUGUAACAAACUGUAAUACUACUAUGGGUCAGGAUAAAGCAAGUGUAACAAAGUGUAUUACUACUAUGGAUCAGGAUAAAGCAAGUGUAACAAUGUGUAUUACUACAAUGGGUCAGGAUAAAGCAAGUGUAACAAAGUGUAUUACUACUAUGGAUCAGGAUAAAGCAAGUGUAACAAUGUGUAUUACUACAAUGGGUCAGGAUAAAGCAAGUGUAACAAUCUGUAAUACUACUAUGGGUCAGGAUAAAGCAAGUGUAACAAUCUGUAAUACUACUAUGGGUCAGGAUAAAGUAAGUGUAACAAUGUGUAAUACUACUAUGGAUCAGGAUAAAGCAAGUGUAACAAAGUGUAUUACUACUGUGGGUCAAGAUAAAGCAAAUGUAACAAACUGUAAUACUACAAUGGGUCAGGAUAAAGCAAGUGUAACAAAGUGUAUUACUACUGUGGGUCAGGAUAAAGCAAGUGUAACAAAGUGUAUUACUACAAUGGCUCAGGAUAAAGCAAGUGUAACAAAUUGUAUUACUACUGUGGGUCAGGUUAUAGGUGAGGACUAGCUUAUUGAAGUGCAACACAUUUAUCACCUAAGCCUUUUAAGGUAUAUAUUUAAAGACAAUAAUACCAGCUUACUGAAGCUAUUGGACAUUUUACGAACUUUUCAACUCUCGUUCACCACCUUCCGAGCUUAUCUACGUAAAGGUCAAUGACCUUAAGAGGGAUGAAAGAGAGUAUCUCUUCUUUUGAGUCAACUGAGUAACAAUUUCCGCAGCUUUUCAUUUCUUGAUUUUAAAUCGUAAUGCAAUGGAACGGCAACCUUUGUCCUAUUUGACAACCCUGAUCACUGUUUUUAUACAUUUUCUAUAUUGUUUUGUUACGAAGUUAUAUUGUAAAGGAAGUAUUUUACAGAUUUAUAGAAUAGAUAUUUUGAUCCGUCUAGAUUUAGAUGAAAAUCUGAUUUUGUGGCAGCCUGGCGUAAUGAUUUUAGAAAGUUAUAUUUUGCUACUUUUUAGUUAAUUCACGCUGUUUGUCGGAACUCAAAUGUUUGAAUAUCUAUAAAGUUCUGAAAUAAAUAAACGCAGAA